AUGGCUACCCGCAUUGCAGGCCUCGUACUUUCCACCGACAUGUCGACGCAGGAUCUUCAGUGGCUUCUUAUCCGCAAGACAAACAGCAACAUUGUCAAGCAAAAGGGCCUCGGCCGCGUGUUCACGCGCGAGACCGGUAACGUGUCUGCGCUCCACAACUACAAGGUACGCGACGCAAAGUGCGCAUGA